AUGUUUCAAGAUGACAUAACAACUUUUAUAAAUAAUUUGUACAUAUAUUUAUUGAGUGAAGAGAAACAUAUAUCCGGGCUUUUGGUUAAAAAACACACUGGAAAUUUGCAAAAACAGGGCGAUUUCAGUUUUCCUAAUACUGUGAAAUCGUGGAAAGAGUAUUUGAAUUGCGAUCAAUUACAAAACGACUUGAAAGUUUCUCUGUUGCAGUGUAUUAACAAAAAUCUUACGAAUUUAAUAGAAACGUCACAGAAUUGGGACAUACCAGUGGUGAAAGCAAUCGAGUUAAAUGAACGAAUAUACUUGCACAUUGACAGAUUCAAAGCGAUCCAACUCUGUUUUCAUAACGCAUCUAUUAACAACGAGCUUGCAUUGCAAAGAUUAGGUGCAACUACAAAUGUAAUAAACUUGGAUUCAAGCUGUAAAGAAACAAACUGUAUAACACAUUUACGCUUAAAAAUAUUAUUUAAAGUGUUGCAAAAUUUAUAUUUAAUUAAUGUAUAUCCAGAAACUACAGAUAUAACAGUAACAUGGAAGUCUAAAUCAAACCAACCUAAUCAUAAGUCAGUUUUCUGUGGUACAGCUUUAAAUGCAAAAACUGGUUUGAAGGAGAAUGAUAUCACAGCUGAUGAGUACGUAAGCAUAAGGCAGAAUGAAUUAACAUUAAUCGCAAAACACAAGUACGGAGUCAGAGUGUCUACAGAGGCAAAAUGGAAGGAUUUUAUAGCAAGCUUAGGGGAGUCUGCCGUAGCAUUUGAAUUACUACAAACAAAAUGCACUAGCCCUGUAAAAAUAGAGUUUGAUGCUUCGGGAGGAUCCAGCAAAGGUGCUGCAUUUAUAUUAUACAACUGUGCGAGAUUAGAAACUAUAUUAAGAGCAUUUAAUGAAAAAGUGGAUGACGGUGUUUAUCCACAACUACCUUUGUUAGAAGAAACUAAUUUGAGUUUAUUAACGGAUGAGGAUGAAUGGCAUCUUAUUUUUAAUUACGUUAUGGGCCUACCAUCACUUUUGAAGAACAGUGUUGAGAUUAACAAAGACAAAUGUGAAUUUCGACCACAUUUAAUAUGCAAUUUUCUUAGCAGUAUGGUAAAAAUACUAAGUCAGUACUAUAGGAGGGUCAGAAUUUUAACUGAACCCCGAAAACAUCUGCUGCCAGUCAUGUUUGCACGUAUACACUUGGUAAUAAUAUUAAAUAAUACAUUAAAAUUAUGUUUAAGGAUAUUAAAUAUUAAAAGUGUUUCACAAAUGUAUAGGAAAUUUAUUUUAUUUACCCUUCUUGUACAAAAAGUACAAAACGAGUAA